AUGCAGUCUGGAGGAGGUGGUGGCUCAACAAGCGGUUGUCCCGCAGUGCCAGGUGAAGUACUGUUAGCUGGAGACUUUGUAUCUUCGUCGUCGUUCUAUGGUGAAGUUGCACCGAUUAGUACGUGUACUACUUGUGCCGCUGGUACUGCCAAGUACUAUCCCGAUUCCGGAGAUCCGAACAUUGUAGCCAGUGAACAGAAAGCCAUUGGUGCUUCGGGUAAUGGUCCUGCUAACUGUGCCAACUUGUGCGUAUGCUCAGCUGACGGUACUUGUUACACUAGGAGUACUCAGAACGUCAAUGUGGUACUGUAUCCUUACUGUGAUGGUAAGGAGUUUUUGAAACAUUAUAUUUUACCCUACCCUACCCUACUCCACCUAAAACUUACAAAAUGUUGUUAUAGGUGCCUCAUGUGCUGUCUAUGUUAUGAUAGUAACCCAAGACGACUCGGCUGGACUACAGCCUUCGAAUGGAGGUCCAGUAGUAACUGGUUCAGCUCAAGUCGAUCCAACAACAUUGGAUUACAAGCCGGUCACGGAUCCAAGUUAUCCUCAAGUCACUUAUGCUUCAUGUAAUGGCUGUCCUAAUGGUCCUACGUCGUGUUAG